AUGACGAGUCGCUCAACCUCAUCUCUCAGCCUCUCUCUUAUUUUUUCAAUUUCUCUUCGUCCUCGACCCUCCUUACCUCAGGCUAGACGCCACUUCAAGCUUGCUCCCCUCUUUUGUCCAGUCCCGAGUCCUGGCAUCUCGACUUCCUCUGUCGCAGCCAUACGAAACAGAAAGCGCUCUACGAAUAUCUCUGGCGAUAUUGGAAGAGGUUUCCGUGCCUUUCGCCCCUCCGCUCCGACUUUCACGCAGGCAGCCAUGGCGCAGUCAAACGCCAUCGACCAACUAGCCCAGAGGGUUGACGGCUUGACUCUCCAGAGUCUUGCCCAGAAAUACCCUACUGCCUCUUUCGAAAGUAACCCGCUCGACCUUUACAGGGCUCACCUCAGUAAUGUCUUGUCUGAGAUUUCCGGCGUCGACACUUCCAUCAUAUAUCCCGUUGUCAUGUUGACGCAGAGUCUCGAUAAAGGCGACUUCGUUGUCGCUGUCCCUGCACUGCGCAUCAAAGGCUCGAAACCAGACGUUUUGGCCCAAGAGUGGGCUGCAAAGUUCCCCGAGAACGAUGCCCUCUUUAAAAAGCCAAUUAUAAGCGGACACUUCAUGUCCUUCUUCGCAAAGGGGGAGCCUCUAGUGGGAUCGAUUGUCCCAAUGGUCAGGCAAGCCGGCGCAAACUACGGCAAAAACACGCUCAACGGCCUCCGAGACCCCAAAGACCCCAAAUCUGGCCAGAAACGCAUCAUUGUUGAAUUCAGUUCUCCCAAUGUUGCGAAACCAUUCCACGCUGGCCACCUUCGAUCCACCAUUAUUGGUAGCUUCAUCGCCAAUCUGCACGAGGCAAAUGGCUGGGAUGUCGUUCGAAUGAACUACCUCGGAGACUGGGGCAAACAGUACGGCUUACUCGCCCUGGCGUAUCAGCGAAACGGUGACGAGGAAGCACUGAAAACGAACCCCAUUGAUCAUCUAUUCAAGCUUUACGUUCAGAUCAACGCGGAAAUGAGUGCCGAGAAGGAGAUGAUUGAGGCCCAGAAGAAAGAAGGAAAGGAUGUCAGCGACCUGGAGGCCAAGAGUCUUGACGAACAAGCCCGCCAGUAUUUCCGGAGAAUGACCGACCGGGAUGAGGCAGUUCUCCCCCAAUGGCAGCGUUUCCGGGAUCUCAGUAUCGCCAAGUACAAGGAAACGUAUUCCCGACUCAACAUACAGUUCGACGAGUUCAGCGGUGAAAGCCAAGUGUCUGAGGAAUCCAUGGCCAAGAUAGCCGACGAAAUGCAACAAAAAAAAAUAUCGCGAGAAGAUCAAGGCGCCGUCCUGGUUGAUUUCACCCAGCUACUUCCAGGGAAAGAAGGAAAGAGGCUAGGAACCACCGUGUUGCGAAAGCGGGAUGGCACUGCCCUUUAUUUGACCCGUGAUGUUUGCGAGUUGCUCAGCCGGCACGACAAGUACAAAUUUGACACCAUGAUCUACGUGGUGGCUAGUCAGCAGGAUCUGCACCUCAAGCAGCUCUUCCAAAUCAUCGACCUUUUGGGCUACAAGGAUAUCGCCAGCAAAUGCCAGCACAUCAACUUCGGCAUGGUUCUUGGAAUGAGCACCCGCAAGGGAACGGUUAAGUUCUUGGAUGACAUUCUGAACGACUGCGCCGACCAUAUGCACGAAACUAUGAAGAAGAACGAAACCAAGUACGCCCAGGUUGCAGAUCCGGAAUCUACAGCCGACACACUGGGAAUCAGCAGCGUAAUGGUUCAGGACAUGAGCGGCAAGAGGAUCAACAACUACACGUUCAACAUGGAUGCCAUGACAUCCUUUGAGGGUGAUACGGGCCCCUACCUGCAAUACGCCCACUGUCGACUGUGCUCGAUCCGGCGCCGGGUGGAGCUUUCCGACGACGAGCUAAGCGAGGCCAACCUGUCUCUGCUGACGGAGGAACAUGCUGUCAGCAUUGUUCGAAUGCUCUCCCAAUGGCCCAGCGUGCUGCAGAACACGCUGAAGACGCUGGAACCCGCAACAGUCCUCACCUAUCUGUUCAAGAUGACCCACGUCAUCAGCAGCAGCUACGACCACCUAAAGGUCGUAGGAAGCGAGCCAGAAGUGAUGAAGGCUCGCAUGGCGCUUUACGACGCCGCGCGAACCACCCUAGCCAACGGCAUGCGCAUUCUCGGCUUGACACCCUUGGAAAGGAUGUAA